UGCGGCGUGACGGAGAAAAAGUACUGCAGCGCUACGUUGUGCAUCAGGUGUUUUUUGGUGCACGGCUUGACAACAUGCAAUGGAUGUGCUGUAGGGUGUGUAGUUCGCCCCUUUCAUUCUCAUCUUUACCAUUUUUGUGCCUUGACACGUCUGGAAGUGGUCAGUGGCAGGUGUCAAUGAUCGUCUGCCACAGUGCCAGCCAAGCCAACGUCUGGUGCUGUCUCGUCGCGUCGUCUGUGUCAGCCAGCAUUGAUACAGACAUUAAACUGCCUGACAGAUGUGAAGAACCAAUGGCUGUACUGCAGCUUGGUGAAAGAACGAAACCAUUCUUUUAACAGCUGCUGGAGGGAAGGAGAGCAAUGGCUGGUAUCUUGCUGAUCCUUAAUAUUCUGUCAUUGGCAAUGUUUGUCAUGACACAGCGUGAUGACAUUCGAAAACCUCCAACUAUCUUGUAUCCACGAAUUCCAGAGCAGAGGGUUUAUCAAGUAAAUCAGAGAGUUGUGCUGAAUUGCUCUGCAAGUGGAAUUCCUGAGCCAACGUAUGAAUGGCGGUGGAAUAACAGGCCCAUCAUAACUGACAAGAUGAAGAUGAACUUUGAUCCUUUUAAGGGUGUGCUAGUUAUUCCUCAGAUUACUCUGUCAGAGGAGGGGAUAUUCAUCUGUUACGCCACCACUCGUUUUCCUGGUCCUGGCCAGCAACAAGCAGUAGCAGUUUCAGCAGAGCUGGAAGUCCGUGUUGCUCGUAUUGAGGAUUUCCAAGGAACUUCGAAGACAUUUCAUGCACUGGAGGGAGACUAUUUAAAAAUUCCUUGUGAUGACAAGCCUCUCACCUAUGGACAUACAACUUUCAAAUGGUACAUAAUACGGAAUCAGGAAAAUCAUGAGAUCACCAAGAAUGCACGCAUAUUCAUCGACCAGAAAGGCACACUGCAUUUUGCAUAUGUGCUCAAGUCAGAUGAAAACUUGGGCAGCAAUUCCUACAGGUGUGGGUUGUCUAACACUCUUGGAUCAGUCAUCAAACUAGGUUCACUGAAGUGGCUUUCUGUCCGAAAGUUGAUUCCAAUACCUGAAAGAAAGCCUUUUUUGAGUUCCAUCACUUCUGGACCAUCUUUGACAGUUCUCCGCAAUGGAGUGGCUAAAUUAGAGUGCAUAUUUGGUGGCUACACAGCUAGCCAGACUCUGUCGGAAACAGUACCUAAAAUAACUUGGUUUGUCAAUAACUUUAACCAUGUUGUGGAAGGGGAUCGAUAUGCUAUCAGCGACAUGGGACGAACUUUAACUAUCAGUAACAUCACGGAGCACGAUGAAAAAGCCUACUUUUGCCGAGGGACCAAUGCUCUUGGCAGCUUUGAUGGAAAGAUAAUGCUCAAUGUCACAUCUCCCCCAAUCUUUGUGCACCCCCUGAAGGCUGCAACUGUGAUUGAGGGGCAGAAUGCUGAAUUAAAGUGUGUAACACGAUCAGCUUUUGGUGAAAACCCCCCAGAAACCCCUCUCUGGUACAGAAAUGGAAAACUUAUAGACUCUGGCUAUGAUCCAAACAAGUAUCAGUUUAACAGCAAUAGAACUAUUCUGACCAUCAAGCAAGCAAUAAAGUCAAUGGACAUUGCAUGUUACCAGUGCUCUGUUACAAACAGCAUUGGCAGAGUGUUUGAUGAUUCUUGUCUUAAUGUUAUUUUGCCAAUCACUGUACUUGUCCAACCCAGUCUGGAACAAAACAUUCAGAAAGGAGACAUGGUCAAUCUAACUGUAGUGGCUGCAACUGACCCGCUCCUUUCCUUGACCUAUCAGUGGUUGUUCCAAGGCAGAGUAUAUGAAAUGGAAGACGCUCCUCCCUAUGUAAGCUAUGACUUUGUGAACAAGCUUGCAUUCAUCAACACAUCUGCACUGACAGAUGAAGAGUAUUCCUCCAUCAGAGGGACCUACAGAAGGAAAAUUUUCCAUGAGCAUGAAACAGUAUUCAUUGAUGUCAUUGUAAAUCUGGAUGAUUUUGUGCCUGAACCAAGUCCUGUGGCAUUAGGGGGAACCGAUUACUGGAUUAUCGGCCUGGUCAUUGGAAUUUUGGUCAUCUUGAUGAUGAUUAUUCUUAUAUUUAUAAUAUGCCGCCAGAAAACAUUAGAAGGGACUUAUCAAGUGGACAAGAAAGAAACGGCUGCUGGGUUAGAUCCUGAAAAAGAACUGCUCAAUUCAGGUUUUCAUGAGCUUUCAAGGGCAGAGGACAGCAGUGAUUAUACAGAUUCCACAGAGAAAAAGCCACUUGGUAGCAUUGAGUUUGGUGACCUCGCUGUUGGAGAGGAUGAUGAAAGUUUCUCAGAGUAUGGGGAAGAGACAACACGUUUCAAUGAGGAUGGCUCAUUCAUCGGCAUUUACAGCCCAGAUGUCAGUAAUGAUCAAAAACCAUCUCCAGCAUACCUGAUUGAAGAAUCAAAUGUGUGAACACGAACACAUAAAGCUCGUGAGAUACAAGAAAGUAUUAUUUGCAGCCUUUAUGGAGAGAAAUUUUACGAAAGGAGCAGAAAAUGUUACAGUGGUUGGAUUGUGGAGUUACUGAACAUUGAUGGUGCUACUGAGGUAUAAUGCCCUCACAACUGUUGUGUUUGUGAAAAUUCAUUGAGACACAAGUGAUCAUUGGUUAUCUCUCACUAGGAAAGAAGUGUUAGUAGAUAAACAAUGACAGGAAGACAUAGUGUCAGAUUUGUAUUUAGCUGUCAGAAACAUUAACAUUUUUACUUACAUGACAGUUUUAGUAUUACAAGAAUUAUGUCCCAAUCUUUACUGUCAGGAGAGUUACAGUGCCUGUCAUAUUUGUUGUUGGUAGUUGGAGGAAGAUUCAUGUCUUUAGCUUAGAUCUGACUUCAUAUCUUCAUAUGAGAUAAAUAUUUAUCUAUUGUCUGUAAAUAUGGCUUGUUGCUAGCUUGGUUCUCUUGCUGGACAGAGAGAUGUUAAGGAGUGGAAAAUAUUUCAUUUGAAGCCCAAAUGUUUUGUUCAUACAAGCUGUUGUUCUUAUUAUAUUUUGAAUAUGUAAUUUAGAAAUGUGUAAAAAAAAUAUAUUGCAUGUGAAAACUCCAUCCAUCAUUUUAUGCUUUACAGAUUGUAUCUGUGAAGUCGGUGGAGUGUGUGUUAGGAGAGGGUGACUUGAAAAUGAGCUGUUACGGGGAGCACAAAAAGAAACAGCUCUGCCUUUCUAGAAAAUCGUCGUAUUAUAGCCUGUCAUUGAAUGCAUGCAUGUGUGUGCGUACAUAUACAGAAGCAAGUAGGCUCAGAAUAGUCUUGGCAGCUGUGCCAUAAUUGUUGAAUACAUUUCAUUCCAAAUGACUUUCAUUAGUUGUCAUUGUUGUAUACUCUUGAGCUUCAUGUUAAGUUCAUGAGAGGCCAUCACUCUAUACCAAGUAGUUCAUGGUUAGCCUUACUGACUCUAUUGUCAAAAUCACUAGUCAGACCAAUGCACCAUUAAAAAGUUGGGGUAUUUUUUUUCAUUUGUGAGUUGUUGAAUGUGUAUUUGCUACCAGUAUUUACAUACCCUAAAGGUGCCUGACCAGUUGACUGGUUAUGCAAUUGUUUGGGAUUUUUUCCUUGUGAUGCAAUAAUCUUCAUAUAGUGGGUUUACAAUAUGACAGCAUUAAUCUCUUGGUGCUUUGUACAGUUUCUGAAGGAAAAGAUUGUGAUCUGACGACCAAGUGUAAGGAUAUUACAUUUGAAGACUAUGCCAUUUUAUUAUUGGCAUUCAUUAUGUGUAGCCCAUAGUUUUUUGCAUGUAUCAAUAACUUUUUGAACUUAACAUUUGUGACACUGACAGGGUUAUUUCAAGGGAAAUGUCUGCAUGGGACAAGAAGAAUCAAAGUUUAUUAUGUAAAUGUAAUUUUGUUAACAGAUCUGCCUGAACUGCCAAAAUCAUGCUAGUGUCUGUUGUAGUUUGGCUGUUUCUGUGAAGUUUUCAACAGACACCUAUGAAAUAUUUGUGUUUAUUUACAGUUUAAACAUUUUUUAUGUAAAGUACAUUACUGUGUUUAUUCAGUAUACACAUGUUGCUCCAAGAAUUUUUUUUUGGUUCCCCGAAGGAAAUGAAUAUUCUAUGUUACAUUCUCUAUACAUUAUUCCAGAGCUGCUUCCAUUGCAACAAUGUAGCAAACAUAUCAAACAAAAUAUUCACACUAUUUUAUUACACAAUUUCAUGCUCAUUUUUCAUCUGUUAUAUUAAAUUAAUUUCAACACUCUACUUGAGUACUGAAUAUAUGUACAAUCAGAUUUUGUAAGAUUCACUCCUGACUCAUUAGAUAUGUUCAGUGAUCAAUUCAAAAUUAUAAAGCUUUAUUCAUUUUUAUUUGAAUGUUUUUCAUAUUGUUUUCUGGCAUUCUUGUUACAGUUGGCACUUUCUUGGAAAUUCUUGAGUAGGACAUGCAGUUCUAUGCCAAACAUAAAUUUGUCCAUAAAUGCCAAAGAAUAAACAAAUGCUGCAGAAAGCAAGAAAUGAACUGAUCGAAACCGUUUUUGUUGUUAUUCAGUUUAAUAUUUACUGUUUAUGAUAUUUCACUAUACAUGUAUUCCUGAGAACUGCAGAACUAUGUGUAUGUCUCUUAUUUGUUCAAUGUAUAUUAAAAUGAUAAUCAGGAGUGA